ACAUUCCAUCGAUCUUUGCAGACCGGCGCUGGCUUUCAGUGAGCAAACGCUCUGCGUGGCGAACGUGAAGAACAGGGAGGGGUCUCGGUCCAAAUAGUUGCUUCUGUGUCAGAUUUUUCGGCGUCUGAACAGCUCGAAAAACGCACCAGCUAUGGCAGAAGCCCACCAGGCCGUGGCGUUCCAGUUCACCAUAACCCCAGAGGGCAUUGACCUGCAGCUGUCCUAUCAGGCCCUGAACCAGAUCUACCUGUCCGGUUUACGGUCAUGGAAGAAACGAGUCAGCCGCAUACGGAACAGGGUGAUUAAGGGAGUGUACCCCGCCAGCCCUUCCUCUUGGCUGUUUGUUGUCAUAGCGAUCCUCGCCACCAUGUACAUGCGCUCUGAUCCCAGCAUGGGUCUCAUCGCCAAGAUACAGCAACACCUGCCGCUCAGUCUCCACGUAUCCCUCAGUGCCCAGGGCCAGACUAUGUUGUCAGCGCUGGUGUUCAGCACGCUGCUGUGGCUCUCCCUCAUCCUCGCACUCAGAUUCUGCCUCAAGCUGCUGCUCUCCUACCACCAAUGGAUGUUCGAACAGCAUGGCAGAGUUUCCAACACCACUAAAAUCUGGGUGACCCUGUUGAGGUUACUGUCAAGCAGGAAGCCCUUGUUGUACAGCUAUCAAACGUCUCUACCUCACCUGCCUGUUCCUGCCAUUAAAGACACACUGAGCCGGCACCUGGAGUCCGUGCGCCCACUGCUCACUGAUCCAGAGUUUGAGCGAAUGACUGAACUGACCAAUAAGUUUGAAUCUAAUCUGGGAAACCGUCUUCAACGUUACUUGAAACUUAAAGCUCUGUGGGCCACAAAUUAUGUGAGUGACUGGUGGGAGGAAUAUGUCUACUUGAGAUCCCGAAGUCCAAUCAUGGUCAACAGUAACUAUUAUGGCAUGGACUUUCUGUAUGUGACCCCGACUCCGCUGCAGGCUGCCAGAGCAGGUAACACCAUCACUGCCCUGCUCCUCUACCGCCGCAAGUUAAACCGAGAGGAACUCAAACCGAGUCGUGUUCCAGGUACUGUUAUCCCUCUGUGUGCUGCUCAGUGUGAGAGGAUGUUCAACACAACGCGCACGCCAGGAGAAGAGACUGAUGUACUGCAGCAUUGGCUGGACAGUGAGUUUGUGACAGUGUACCAUAAGGGACGCUUUUUCCGCCUGUGGGUGUACCGGGCGGGCCGACUGCUUUCUCCUCGGGAGAUUGAGUACCAGGUCCAGAGGAUCCUGGAUGACACUUCACCCCCACAACCUGGAGAGGAAAAACUGGGGGCUCUCACUGCUGGUGAAAGGAUCCCUUGGUCCCAAACGAGGAAGAAACACUUCAGCUCCGGUGUCAACAAGCGAUCACUGGAUGUCAUAGAGAGGGCAGCCUUCUUCGUAACUUUGGAUGAUGAAGAGCAAGGCAUGAGGGGGGAUGACCCAGAAGGCAACCUCGACCGUUACGCCAAGUCCCUGCUCCAUGGGAAAUGUUACGACAGGUGGUUUGAUAAAUCAUUCUCCAUUGUGAUCUACAAGAACGGGAAGAAUGGACUGAACGCAGAGCACUCGUGGGCUGAUGCACCCACUGUUGCUCACCUUUGGGAGUUCACGCUGGCCACAGAUGCCUUCCAGCUUGGUUACACUGAGGAUGGACACUGUAAAGGCGAGGUGGACCGGUCACUACCCCACCCUCAGAGGCUUCUCUGGGACAUCUCCUCUGAGGUUCAGACGCAGGCGGAAAGUUCCCUGGCUGUUGCCCGCACACUGGCAGACGAUGUGGACUGCCAUGUGUUUCCCUUUAGAGAGUUUGGCAAAGGACGGAUCAAGAAGCUCCGCGUCAGUCCGGAUGCCUUUAUACAGAUCAGCUUACAACUGGCUUACUUCAGGGAUCGCGGUGGCUUCUGUCUGACCUACGAGGCUUCCAUGACACGCCUGUUCAGGGAGGGCAGGACAGAGACUGUGCGAUCCUGCUCCAAUGAAAGCUCCGCCUUUGUCAAAGCCCUGGAUGGCGGCGAGGCUGAGGAACAAUGCAGACAUCUCUUCCAACUGGCUUCAGAGAAGCACCAGAACCUUUAUCGGAUGGCUAUGACUGGAGCUGGAAUUGACAGACACCUCUUCUGCCUGUAUGUGGUUUCCAAAUACCUGGGGGUGGAGUCACCAUUCCUGAAAGAGGUUCUGUCGGAGCCUUGGCGUCUCUCCACCAGUCAGACUCCAGUGCAGCAGAUGGAGCUGUUUGACAUCAAGAAUCACCCUGACUUCAUAUCACUGGGUGGAGGAUUUGGACCUGUUGCUGAUGAUGGAUAUGGAGUUUCAUACAUUAUCGUGGGCGAGGAGUUGAUCAACUUCCACGUGUCAUCCAAACACUCCUGCAGUGAGACUGACUCCCACAGGUUUGGAGCUGCGAUACGUCAAGCUCUCCAAGACAUCAUGGUUGUCCUGACUGUUGACCCCAAGUCCUCCUCGUCCUCCUCGUCCUCCAAAGGCAGCGUGAAGCCACAGGCCAAGAAGCUCCUCUGAAUACAGUAGGACGCGUCUAUUAUCCUUUAGGAAACACAAGAGCCCGUUACGUAGAACCUCAGUUUUUAAAGUGGCAUUUGCUGUAAGUGAAUUGAAUCAUUUGAAGGGAGAGCUCAGUCGGCUUAUGUUCCACAUCCUUCAUGUUGUGAUCUCUGACUGAUCUAUUGUAUCCUCUUCAAACACCUUAUUCCAUUUGCCUUUCUCCUUUUUCUUUUAAAAAAAACAAUCUUUUCAGCAUGAAGAUAUAAACUUGUUCCUCAGUUUGAAUAUGUGACAAUACGAAGCGCUUACAGUCCCUUCUUUUUCUGAGAAUAUGAGAUCUGUCAGUGGUGAUUUUUUUUCUUUGAAGAAAGAGGGAGUGAGAGUCGCCACUUAAGAAGGAAGUCUUUAGGGAAGAGACGCGUUUCCUCAGCAUACGCAGUAACAUUUAACACUUCUUAAAUCUCAAUAAAAGACAAGGGGAAAUGGUGUUUUAGUUUUUAAGUUGGUCGGCCUACGUGUGAAAUGACGCCGUACAGCUGAUCCCACGCACGCAGUCCACUACAAUUUUAUAUGAAUGUUUUCCGGGUCAUAGAGUGCAUGUUAGAGUUCAAGGUUAAAAAUGGAAAAUGUCAUGAUGAAGCAGAAAAGACGAAAGCUGAGGCCUCGGCGUGAAGAGUGGUGCAGACUGAGAGGAUACGGUGGAGGGCCAUCAAGACUCGCUUCAUUUAACACCACUGAGUCUGUGCAGGCCAAUGAAAGUGUCAAAGGUCAUGACCACGUUUCUGAACAUGAAUUAUAAUGAGCAUUAUAUUUUUUUAUUUUUUUAAAGCUAGGGUUUUUAAGAGCUGUGUGUGUGUGUGCCUGAAUUUAAGUAUUGGUUCAGUGAAACAGUUUCAAUGCAACAUUUAAGUCAAUGCAAUUCCUAAUGGAAACCUUGUAACAAAAUACUGUUGAACUGUCUUCUCUCUUUGUGUUAAUAAAUAAUCUAAAACAUCUACAAACAUUCAGAAUGAUUUCCUGAUGAUACAUUUCCAUUAUAUUUGCCUACUAAUACGGCAACGUUGGACAGAGAGCCUUAUUGGCCCUCCAGUGCAUCUACUCUGACUUUAGAUGUGUUUUUAGAUAAAUUGAUGCCUUAAUAUGAGCAACUUUAGACCUCAGUGGCUUCUGUUUGUCUCUGUGCCUGAUUUCUGAACUGUUGGAUGCCAGAGUAGCCGCUCACUCCCAUCACAGAGGCACAUCUCUCCCUCUCUCCCUCUCCAUUUGUUAGUAUUUGUGUUUAAAUGUCCUUCAGGUGGAAGGCCCCCAGUUUUUUUCAUGAAUAAAACAAGAUUUCUGAUUGUUUAAGCUUCUUAAAUGUGAAUAUUUUGUUAAUUUCUUUGCUCUGGAUAGAUAACAAAUCAUUAAAAGUUAAUCAUUUUGGUUUGUGAACAAAACAAGAAUUCUAUGGACCAAAUGAUUCAUCGAGAAAAUAAUCGACAGAUUAAACUAAUCCUUAGUUGCAGCUCUAGAAUUAACCCACUGUAUAUUACUUCAUAAAGUAUUCUUUUUAUAGCAGUGCAGCUGCUGUAUAAACACACCAUGUCAUACACUCUCAACAUGAGUGCCGACAGGCCAGUAAAGUGCACACACACACACUGUUGUAACUCAAACCUUCUGAGGUCUGGCAUUGUCCUGCUCAAACAGACUAAUGGCCUCGCCUCGCCUCCCCUCGCCUCCCCUCGCCUCCCCUCGCCUGGGCACGGUUAAGUUGCAUUUCCACGAGCAUAGUACAUGGUACCAGGUACGUACCUGCUCUGGCGAGGUUCCAAGCGAGCUGAGGCGAUACUAUGCGUGACCGUGCCGUCGCAGGAAGAGCCAUGAGCAAAAGUCUGACUCAAGAAUCAAGCCGAUCAGUAGAUCAGUUAAAAAGACUUUACAAUCCUAAAAACGUGGGUUAAUCUCCAACAAUUACCAGGAAAAUGACUAAAAUCUCACUAUUUAACAGAGGAGUCUGGAAAAGAGCCAAUAGAGUUUCUAGUAAAAGAUUUUGGAGGAGUUUCCCCUAAAUUCCUCUAUAAGCCUCUGUGUCAUUGGCACAUUCACAGUAUACAGAGAGAGAGAGACAGACAGAUAGAGAGAGAGACAGCAUCAGUGUAACAAAUUCACACUAAAAUGGAUUUUGAAUUUAGAGGUAUUUUUGUAACAAAAAAAGUCGGCGGCUCUCUUUAAUGAGACGACUUGUGUGAAAACAUUGUAGUUUUUGUACUCCUGUCGUUGCAGUUUGGUUACGGUGCGUCUGUGAAAUGUGUCGUAAUGGAUCACGGAUUUCUGUGUCUCAGUCCACUUCACUGCUAAUACGUUAUUUUAGUAUUAUUAUCAUCAAGUCGUGGGUGCAUUAAUGCAUAAAACCUCUGGCCUUUCAAUAGUUUUGACGGUGAGUCUGCCAACAUUUAGCAGCACAGUUACAGUUAGAUUUUAGAAUCCAUGAUACAAUAUGAACUCUUGUUUGUUUUUGGGUUACACUUUUGAUCUUUACCUGGUACAGCUACUGUUUUAGCUUCAUAGUGGUGAACAAUUCAAAUGCAUUGAUUGUUAUUGUGGUUGACUGUUUGAUGACUAGACUCCAGAACAUCCGUGUCGCUUAUUUGAUUGUUUUUCAUCGUAAAACUUUAUGUGGACUUUAUAAAGAUGCUAAAGGUGUAGUUCUGUAAACAAUAAAAACAUCUUUACUGACCCUA